GUCUCAUAGUCGGUGCAAUUAUACGCUAUGCCGGCACCAAGACUCCGAUCAUUCACUUGUCGGUUGAUCCGGAACCGGAUUCCAAAUUCAACCAAAGCCUUCCACCGGACAGCUUGUGGUUGGUGUUUCCGGGCAAGUUGCCCCACGAGAUCGACACCCCCAACCGAGCCAAUAAAACCUACUCAUACAGCUUCCGCGGCGAGGUUGCUAAGCUGGAGGAGAACGAAAUAGAUCUGAAAGCAACCUUUGACCCGGAGAUAUUCUUUAACAUUAUUCUCCCACCAAUCAUCUUUCACGCCGGUUACAGCUUGAAAAGGAAAUAUUUUUUUCGUAAUCUAGGCGCCAUUCUAACGUUUGCCAUAAUUGGGACAACCCUGUCGGCGUUCCUAAUCGGGGCCAUGAUGUACGGAUUUGUACAAAUGAUGCCAAAGCUAAGCGAAAGCUUUACAUUUCUUGAUACGCUCUACUUCGGGGCAUUAAUUUCACCGACUGAUCCGCUGACGAUAUUAGCGAUAUUUAGUGACUUACACGUCGAUGUUAAUCUGUACGCUUUGGUGUUUGGCGAGAGUGUUCUAAACGAUGCGGUUUCGCUUGUACUAAGCGGCGCCAUACAAAACUACGGAGAACACUACUCCAGCACCGGAGGCUUUGAGGGUCAGGCCUUUUUGCAAUCACUGGGAAACUUUUUCAGUGUAUUUUUCCUAUCGUUGUUAAUCGGAGCUUCCAUGGGUUGCAUCACGGCAUUGAUGACCAAGUUCACUCACAUUCGGGAUUUUCCUCUACUGGAGUCGGCUCUUUUCGUACUGAUGUCGUACAGUACGUUUUUGAUUGCGGAAGCUGCCGAGUUAACUGGGGUCGUUGCUGUUCUGUUUUGCGGCAUUUGUCAAGCACAUUACACAUAUAACAACUUAUCGGAUGACUCGCGAACUCGAACGAAACAAAUAUUCGAACUGCUGAAUUUCCUCGCGGAGAAUUUUAUCUUCUCGUAUAUAGGGGUUUCUAUGUUCACUUUCCCAAAGCACCGAUUCGAUCCUCUAUUUAUAUUCACCGGCUUUAUUUGUGCAGCUAUCGGACGGGCUAUCAACAUUUAUCCUUUGUCAGCAUUGUUGAAUAUUGCUAGAAAACCGAAGAUUUCGUGGAACUUCCAACAUAUGCUUUUCUUUGCGGGUCUUAGAGGAGCAAUGUCCUUCGCAUUGGCCAUCAGAAACACGGUAUCUGAUGCACGACAGGCAAUGCUUACCACAACAUCACUGAUCGUGAUUGCCACCGUGAUCAUCCAGGGCGGAGCAUCCAAUUUUCUUCUGAACUGGCUUAAGAUUCCGUUAGUAUCCAAUGACGUAUCAUUUCUAGUGUAUUUUUUUAAAUUGACAAUAUUUCGUAAGCAGAAGCAGAAAAUUUCCUGUUUUACUGCUUGCUUCAGAUGUGAUAUCCAUGAAAACAAAUACGGCUUAUCUUCUCUUAGGAUAGAUAUUCAUAAUACGGUUGAACAUAAACAGGUCAUAUUGUGGUGGGAUUAGUUGGGAUAGUACUAACUCGUAAUAUGACAGGCUAAAACAUUCUACUAAAAA